GACACUGUCAUUAAUGUCAGCUGUCAAAUAAAUUUAGAAAUUCUAUUUACCGAUUGUACAAUUCGGAUUUGAUUUCAAAAAAUAGGAUAUUUUUAAUUGAAAUGUCCCGAGUAAUUAAAGAUAUCGAGGAACCUAGGCUUCAAUACAUUCUUAAUGAUGGAAGAUUUAUUUUAGAUCCCUCCGUCGCCGAUACAAAUGACAUAAUAUAUACCGAUGAAAAUGAAGCAAUUAUUUUGAACGGCGAAAUAAUCCGAGAAGAAAAUACGCCGAAAUUUAUUCUUAGCGAAGAUGGAAGCGAUUUGAGCUCCUACAUAACGAAUAACGAUAAUAACGCAGAUGAAGUAUUAAUAGGUAAUGUCGAUCGAAGUUCGCAAUACAUUAUUCAAUAUAUAGAUGACUAUGGUAAUAUAAAAAAUGCCUCUGAUAUUAUCUAUAUAAAUGAAGACGGGGUUCCGUUAACUCUCGAAGAUUUAUCUGCCCAGUAUCGACCUACGGAAUUAAUGGAAAUUAGUGAAAACUCAGAAGAAAAUAGUUUGAUGAACCUUGAAUCUGUAGAUAAUAAUUCUUGUAUUAUAUCAUCGAGCGAUGAAGAAGAUAUAAAUUCAACUAGGCUUAUAAAUUUUCAAUGCGCCGAUCAAGAAGAUAACUCCUUCGUCGCUAUAGGUCCGGCAGAUUGGUAUCAACAUACGGAAAGUACGGAUGUGGAAUUGUUACAAGGAUAUCAAGGAGAAGAUCAUCCAGAAAUAAUCACCGUCUCGUCUUUAUCUGAUAACAACGAUACAAAUCAACUUGGCACCAUCACUGGAAAGGACCUGAUAACCGGUCAAACGAUGAGUCUGGAAAGUUAUGUGAAUAAAAUAAAAAAACGCAUAAAAUCAAAUGCUCCCGAUUCGGUAAACGGGAAAUGUCGUAAUUUAAACGCAUUUUUAAACAAGAAAUUCAAUUUGGGACUGACGGUUGGUGGAAAAAAUCUAAUGGGUAAAAUAAUACGUGUCACCUCCAAGGCAACGUCCAAUAAAAAUCGAGUAACUGAAGGACUGUCGAACAAAUCGUUGGAUACCAAAUUGAGGUGCGUUCAAACGAAACUCCUAUCGAAGAAAUCUGAUCAGUUCCAAAGAAUCUCCAAUAUCCUAUCGGGUCUAAUGAAAACCGAGAAAAUCCAACGGCAAUUAUCCAACAAAAAUGUACACAUCAAUUUGGUAGACAAAUAUUGUUAUAACAUGAGGAACAUAAUAGAGAACGUUUCUGUUGUUGGCGGUUACAUGGAGGAAAAGGGAAACGGUUGGAUUUUCGUACCAGAUUCUCUCACAAAUGGAAAAAGGCCUAAUAUCCAAUCGUCCCCCAACAAAAUCGGAGUCACCAUCGAAACAACGCACAAAAGGGAAAAGUCUUAUGUAAAGGUGAUGAUCGACGAUAAUUUCACCUGCGACCAUCACAGAUGUCAACAUUGUAACUGUCUGUUUGAAAAUGUCGAUGAUCUGAAGACGCACGUUGAUGCCGAACAUGCAAUAUGCAGAGUUUGUGAUAAGAAGGAGGGAUUACAAUGUCACCAACGGUUACAUUCGGGCGAAGAAGUUAAUUGCGACGCGAAAUUUUAUAAAAACGAUAAUAAGCAUUCACGAUUUUGCUGCGAUAUCGAAUCGGCGAAUCAAAAAAAAUCCCAUAAUUCGCACAACGUCGAAACCGUUAAAAAAACCCAAAUAAAAUAUUACGCGUGUGAAAUAUGCAAACGUACUUUUUCGAGAAUGGCCAACCUCCAAAGACACGUCGCAAUACAUAAAAACGGCGAGCAACUUUUCAGGUGCGCCAUUUGUAGAUGUUCUUACCAAUACAUAUCCACUUUAACUAGACACAUACUGAAGAAUCACGUCCAACUGCAAAGACCAAAUUUCGAUUAGUAGUACAAAAAUAAGUUUCAAUGCUCAAAAUUAUAUUUGACAAAAAAUAGGAAGUAAAUAUUAAAUAAA